AUGGAGAUCAAUACUGGGUCAUCCAUGACCGUCGUAUCCUGGGCUCUCAAAAAGGUCAUCCCAAGCAUAAAGAAACACAAACUGAAGCACCAAGAAUUGCAGCUCAGCAAGAGAGAGAGGAAUCCACCAACACAUUCCAGACAAACAUCUGGCAAGCCAGCACACCUACGAACAAGAAGGUGCGAAUCACCAUACACAUCGAGGGGUCCCUUGCAGUAUGGAGAUCAAUACUGGGUCAUCCAUGACCGUCGUAUCCUGGGCUCUCAAAAAGGUCAUCCCAAGCAUAAAGAAACACAAGCUGAAGCACCAAGAAUUGCAGCUCAGCGAUUACCAGGGGAAUCACAUCUCUGUCCUGGGUUGGGGCAUAUUCCGAGGGUUUCUAAACGCUCCGCCUACCUGCAUGACUAUGUCACUAGUUGGAUCAGCCCAACUAAGAGGGAAGGGGUGUUAUAUACAAACAGCCAAAUGAGGCCAGGCGGCGUGACAGCUCCCGCGAGGGUGAAAGCUGGCGAAGGUGCCCGCGACGCGCUUUUACGCAGCCAGCUGGAACCUGGAAGCCUCCGCGCCUCUGGCCGAGAGACCGCGCCGCUCGCCCUGCUCUGCCUUUGGAGGGCGAGAUCGCCCACAGGCCCCGACAGCUUCUUUCCUCCGGGAACCAGCCGCCUCUUCCCUCUCCUCCUGCCCCAAAGACAUUCGUCCGAAUCCUCAGAACGGACUUUAGAUUGCCUGCAGGACCACACGCUGAACGAAGAGCAAGGAGCGUUCAUGUUCACGUCGGAAUCGGUCGGAGAAGGACAUCCAGACAAAAUAUGUGAUCAGAUCAGUGAUGCUGUCCUUGAUGCUCACUUGAAGCAAGAUCCAGAUGCCAAAGUUGCUUGUGAGACAGUCUGUAAAACAGGAAUGGUCCUCCUUUGUGGCGAGAUCACCUCCAGAGCCGUGGUGGAUUAUCAGCAGAUUGUGCGAGACACAAUUAUGAACAUAGGCUACGAUGAUUCAGCUAAAGGCUUUGACUACAAAACCUGUAACGUUCUUGUGGCUUUGGAGCAACAGUCGCCUGAUAUCGCCCAGGGGGUUCAUCUACACAGAAAUGAAGAAGACGUUGGCGCUGGAGACCAGGGCCUGAUGUUUGGCUAUGCAACCGAUGAAACGGAAGAAUGCAUGCCUCUAACCAUUAUCCUUGCUCACAAGCUGAAUGCCAAAAUGGCUGAGCUGAGACGCAAUGGAGUCCUCCCUUGGCUUCGACCAGACUCCAAAACCCAGAUCACCGUUCAAUACGCCCAGGAAGAUGGAGCGGUCAUCCCCAUGCGGGUUCAUACCAUUGUCAUCUCUGUGCAGCACGAUGAAGGCAUCUCCUUGGAUUCCAUGCGCAAGGCCUUGCAGGAACAUGUGAUCAAAGCCGUGGUGCCAGCCCACUACUUGGAUGACAAUACCGUUUACCACCUUCAACCCAGCGGCCGUUUUGUCAUUGGAGGGCCACAGGGUGAUGCAGGAGUUACUGGCCGGAAAAUCAUUGUGGAUACUUACGGUGGAUGGGGAGCCCAUGGAGGUGGAGCUUUCUCAGGCAAGGACUACACAAAAGUGGACCGAUCAGCAGCCUAUGCAGCCCGGUGGGUGGCCAAAUCUUUAGUGAAAGCAGGACUGUGUCGUCGGGUUCUGGUUCAGGUUGCCUACGCUAUUGGAGUGGCUGAGCCGCUGUCCAUCUCCUUGUUCACCUACGGUACCUCUGCCUACACUGAGCAAGAGCUGCUCAACAUUGUCCACCAAAAUUUUGAUCUUCGACCCGGAGCCAUUGUCAAGGAUCUUGAUUUAAGGAAGCCCAUUUAUCAGAAGACGGCUUGUUACGGUCAUUUUGGAAGAAGUGAAUUUUCUUGGGAAAUUCCGAAAAAGCUCGCCUUCUAACUUUCUUGGGACAAUCUCUCUCCAUUUCCAAGGAACAGUAUUUUACUACCCCGAGUGCUUCCUUUGACCAUUGUCAGUGCUGAAGAAAAAUAAUAAUGGAGAAAUGUUCCCUCUUUGUUUUCUCUACAUAUUGGCCAAAGCAGACUUACGGAGGAUAAAUUUGGGGCAGACAGAUGCCAUUUUAAUUUUGUUAAAUGCUGCUAUUUUUGGGGUAGGGGAGGAAAUUCCAUUGGAGAAGACAAGAAGGGACUUAAAUCUACAAUCAAACAAUAGACUUUUUUUCCCAAUCCAACAGAUCUACUACAUCAUUCUAAACUACUAAUAGGAAGAAAACUUUUUUUCAGAUUUGGUAUGAUUUCUCGAUGUUUUGCAACAGGACCCUUCCAGAUUCUGGCAUCCUGCUUCCAUGUGCUACAAGGAGUAGUACUCUUGGAGUAAAACAGAACAUUUCCCGUAGGUUGGAGACCCAUCUUUUUCAAGAGGGGUUCUGCCACAUUUCACUAAUUCUGUUCCAGCUGUCCAAUCCAAGUUUAAUUAUUUCUUGCUCUUUCCUCUCUUUCUUAACUGCCUUACAGAUAGUCCUUCACUGAUGACCAUAAAGGAGUCUUUCCGUUAUGGUCACAUGUCAUAACAGUCAUGAAAGCUGUAAUCAUAUAGCGAACAUGGCAGUUGUUAAGCAGAGGCCACUGUCGUUAAGUAAAUCCAUGGUUCCCUUGGGGGAAAUUUUUGCCCAAAAAACAGAAAUACCCGUUUUCGGCAAAACCCUUGCAGCCACAUGACUGAGGGACGCUACAAAUUACUGUAAAUACAGUGAGAUGUUGCCAACCCCUGAUGAUUGCAAGGUGGUUCCUACACUCAAAAUUUUGAAUCAAUCGUGACUUUAACGGGUCACGAAGUGAUCAGUUGUAUGUCAAGGACUACCUGUAAAAGCAAACAUUUUAGACAUAUGCUUGGUGCCUUUUAUCGAUACGCAUAAAUGUUGCUGACAUUUCUGGACCCUGUUCUAGAUGGUUUUUAGAUACAAAAGGGUUUAAAAAAAAAAAGAUUGCCAGAAUAGUGGUGUUGAAGCUGCGUGUUUCGGCCAAUGAUUGAGUUGGCGUGAUUGAAUGGUAAGCUUGAGACAUUCAUGUGACUUGGAGAUAAACUGUCAACAGUAGAAUAAAUCCAGCAAGAGGUGAAGGAGGACAUACGACGGAGAUAGAUGUAGGAGCAACCUAUAAAGGAGGAAAAUGGAGAAAGAAUGAUUCUUGAGAGCCGUUGGUCAAGAAAUGAAUGUCAGGAAUGAUACCAUGGAGACCAGACUCAGAGGAGUGGGAGAACAAGAACUAUCCCCAGUAUUUUAAUUUAAAAUAUCACCACUGUGUAUUGACCCAAAAAGUCAGGAUAGAUGUUUGCUUCGAUCAGAAUAAUAUCUUGGGCCAAUAAUAAAAAAGAGAGCCAGUCUGGUUUAGUGUGAAGGCAUCA